AUGAUGAUGCGCUUUUAUGCAAAGCUUUGUUCGGAAGCGCAGCGAGACUUUCGAGUCGAGAGACGCAAACGCAAUUCGGCUUUGUUCCGUUGCUGUCGCUGCGCCGAUUUCUUCUCAGACCGGAAUGCUGCUGCACUUCUUCCAGAGUCGAGUCGAGUCAGCCAUGCAAAAUUACAACAGUGGAGCGCACGGUUGCGUUCUCUAGGCUUUCCCGGCAUUUCGCCGAAACGCCGCCACAUUGUCAAAGAUGUCAGAUCUGAUUUCCACACAACGCUUUACAAGAAACGAUGGCAUUCUCGGAUCCGUGAUCGACGACACGUUGGAAGACAAUACGAGAGAAAGCCAAAGACCCUUGACUGUUUGCAGGCUGCAGCUAAGCUUAAUCAACGGAGAGCUCGUUCGCGAUCCUCAUUCCAACCUUCCAUCCAUCGCAUCGAGUUAUGUAAGUAG